GAGAUGCCUCUUUAGGUAUUCGUACUGAACCAACGAAAAAAAUUAGGAUCAACUUCUGCAGCUGAAGUUUGCUGAAAUGUAUAAAAAAUUUAGUGGAAGAAAGUACCGAAAAUUAUUUUUCUUUCUGUUAUGAUAACUGACAGCGAUUUUAUUUUGGCGAUUAAAUUAUAUCCCGAGCUUUGUCAUAUUUAUAAAGAAAAUAGAGCUGAUGCUGAAGAAAGGAAUAAAGAGUUAUGGUCGCAGUUUGCCCGAGACCAUCAACUUAAAAAUGGUACUGCAGCAAAGCUUAAGUGGUCUCAAAUAAUUUCGCAAUAUGUAUCAUUUCUGAUGUAUGGCACACCUUUCCAUUUUGAAAGGGAAAUGCAAUUUAUGCAGAUGCCACUGCUAGGUGCUGGACUGGAAGAUAAUCAAUCUGACUCCGAUAUUGACGAGACAGAAUUAAACAAGGUUUUAAAGACUUUUGAAGAGUUUCCAACUGAUAUUGGAAAACAACAUAUUAGGACUUCUGCUACAGACAUAAUAGUCUCAAAGAAGCGUGCCCUAGUCAAGGGGCAAGGAAAUGAAUUGAAUGAAGCAGAUUUUGUAAAUACUGAAAAACAUUAUGAAACAGUUAUAUUGGACUCAAAUAAUUAUAAUAAAAACGAGAGCGAAGUAAAAGUUGAAUUAGCAGUGAAUAAACUAAGCAGUAAACAAAACGGAUUGAACACUAUGGUUAGCACGGAAGAUAUGUUAACGGAUUUUACAGCAAGCACUCAUGCACAGGCAGCUAUUAAGUCUAGUGAAGACACUGCUGCUCCUGGGGGUUUCUCAAGCCUGACUUCACUGGAACUUAUUUUUCUCGGUUAUGCUAAAGUAUUGCAGCGAAUGCCAUUACGACUGCAGCUGCAGACUAAACGUAAAAUCGCAGACAUUAUGGAUGAGGCAGAAUUAAAAUUGUUUGAAGACAAAUGAAAUGAUUGAGAAAAUAAAGUUUUUCUUUGAAAAUGA